AUGUGGCACGAGGCCCGCAAACACGAGCGCAAGCUGCGGGGGAUGAUGGUGGAUUAUAAGAAGCGAGCGGAACGCCGCAGGGAGUACUACGAGAAGAUCAAAAAGGACCCGGCCCAGUUUCUCCAGGUGCACGGCCGCGCCUGCAAGGUUCACCUGGACUCUGCCGUCGCGCUGGCCGCCGAGAGCCCCGUCAACAUGAUGCCCUGGCAGGGGGACACGAACAACAUGAUCGACCGUUUCGACGUGCGAGCGCACCUGGAUUAUAUCCCCAUGUACACCCCGCCCUUGCUGAACCCCAUCUCCCCCGAGCAGGAGUCUGAUGAGAGAAAGUGCAACUACGAGCGGUACCGAGGCCUGGUGCAGAACGAUUUUGCCGGCAUCUCGGAGGAGCAGUGUCUCUAUCAGAUCUACAUCGACGAGCUCUACGGGGGACUCCAGAAGCCAAACGAAGAUGAAAAAAAGAAGUUGGCGGAAAAAAAGGCUUCCAUCGGCUACACGUACGAGGACAGCACCGUGGCUGAGCUCGAGAACUCCUUGGAGAAGCGAGGAGAGGAGGAAGACUCCGAGGAAGACAGCAACACGGACGAAGACGAAGUCAUCCCCGAUAUCGAUGUGGAAGUGGACGUGGACGAGUUGAACCAGGAGCAAGUGGCCGACCUGAACAAGCAGGCCACCACCUACGGCAUGGCGGAGGGCGAUUUUGUCAGGAUGUUGCGGAAGGACAAAGAGGAGGCGGAAGCAAUUAAAAACGCCAAAGCCCUGGAAGAGGAAAAGGCGAUGUAUUCGGGCCGUCGCUCUCGCCGCCAGAGGAGGGAAUUCCGGGAGAAACGCUUGAAAGGGAGGAAAAUCAGCCCGCCCAGCUACGCACGGAGAGACAGCCCCACCUACGAUCCCUACAAACGCUCCCCUUCGGAGUCCACCUCCGAAUCCCGUUCCCGUUCCCGUACCCCAUCUCCCGGUCACGAGGAGAAGAUCACCUUCAUCACCAGCUUCGGCGGCAGCGACGAGGAAGCGGCGGCGGCAUCGGCGCAAACCGGCGGCGUUCCCGGAAAAACCACCGCGCUCGGCAAACAGCGCUCCGCCCCAGGACAGCCGGGCAGCGCCGCGGCAGGUCAUAGCACCUCGUCCCGGUCG